AUGGAGGAGCCUUUGAAGUGUCUGACGGAUGCGUACGGAUGUCUUCUGACCAGGUCACGUCCCAACCAGAGCGCCGCGGCCGUGGCACAUGUGAUAUCCAGCGGGGUGAGUGGGCUGCUGGCCGCCGAGCUCAGAGAGGAGCGCUGCAGCGAGGCAGAGCUGACCUGCAUCAGUCUGAGUCUGGUGGAGAAGAUCACCUCCAGUCUGACUUCCCAGAACCUGCCUUCACAACUCACUUUGUACUUUGAAGAAGUCCUGACGGUGUUGUUCCAAGACAUGAAUCUCAUGCCCCAACUGAUCCAUCACUUCCAAGCUGAGGACCAGGUUAUCUCACAUUUGGCUGCAAAGUGUGUGUCAACGUGUGUCCUCUUCCAUCUGCACAAAUCAGGAAUGGUCUGUCCUGUCUGGCAGAACAAGUGUGCACAGGCUUUUCACAGCUCAUCCCCAGGGACGGAAUUAGACGCCUGUCUGUGGUCAGUGACAGAUGUCUUAAGAAAAGUUCUUAAAGAAUCUCAACAAGGAAACCUUGGGAAACUUCUGGCUGUUUUUGACUGCAGCCUAUGGGCCUUAUGUUUGAAGUUGCUCCCUGAAAAAAGUGAAGAGGUAGCACAUUAUUUGGACAGUUUUACUCACAGCGGGCAUUGGGAAGCAACAUUUUGCCUCCUGCUGGAUCUGUUGGAGGUGCUGUCUGCAUCCAGUUUGGUCUGUGGAGCCCAUGUCUGUCUGAAGAGUCAGAGAAUUACCUGCAUUCGCUCUGCAGCUCUCCUGACAAUGAUCAGCUGCUCCUCAGAGGGUUUUCUCAAAAGGCGAGCACUGCUGCUCCUGAAAAAAACUGUGCUUCAGAAGGUUGGAGAGGACUGGGCUUUAGGAGAACUGUUGUCCACUGGACUGAAAUAUGAGAACUUCAGCUCUGACAUGACCAUGCUGGCUCAGAGUGUGUUAACAGCAGUUGAUAAUAAUUGGUUGCAGAGUGUUCAGGUGGAGCCUGCUGCUUUCUUUGGAGGGAGCAGACACGUGAAGAUGAUGGGAGAUGAAGGUCAGGAACCAGACUGUGUGAUGCUGAGAGCUGUCAGCCUGAUUCUUCUUAAGUCCAUAGAGCUUCACAUCCAAACAGCUGGCAGAAUGGGAGUGGACAGCACCACAGAGGUUUAUGGAUAUCUACAGAGUUUGUGGAGCUUCCUGAGGCGGUCUAGUGUCCAACUGACUGAGGUCACUCACCUCUGCUGCUGGAUCAGUCUGCUGUUUGGAGAGCAGGAUGACGACAUGAUGGAGGCAGCCAAAGCAGUGCUCUCUAUAUUCCUCAGUCAAAGACUACGUUGUGGGUUGGAUGAUGCUGCUGCGUUUGAGGCUGCCUGUGCAUCUGGCUGCAACCCUCACUGCCACUUUGUGCUUCUGCUUCAGAGCAUCUCCUUUGACCACAGCAUCCUCCUUGACUUCCUCAUCUCCACUGAAACCUGCUUUCUGGAGUACUUUUUGCGAUACCUCAAGUACCUCCGAGAUAACUGGCAGAGCUUUAUUGCAGCAUGUGGAGGCAUCAGUGUGUCAGACUGUUAUUCUUCAUCACAGCAGUCACUUAGUGCCUCAAGUGCUGAUGAUGGGGUUAUAUUGACAUAUAAAGGUGAGGGAGACGACACUGAAUUCAGUUCAAGUGUCCAGCUCACAGGUAUUAAUCCAUUAAUGAAUAGGGUCUGUUUGGCUGCAGAAGUUCGCCUUGUAGAAUAUGAUAGUUCUGAUGAGUCUGAUCCAGAUAACAAUGAAGAUUCUGAGGUUGAACCACGAGCGUCUGUGUGUGAGAAAAGUAGAUUUAGUGCCUCGGAUGUAAAACAGGAGACCACUGGACUACCAUUAUCUAUCAGACAGAAACAAAAUGAGUUACCAACAGUAUUAUGGGUUGAACCUAACUCUACCCUGGAAAGAAAACCAGAAGGUUCAUCACUGCCAGUGUUACAAAAUCAGCAAACAUCAUGUGCAAACAUGGCACCUCUCUCAGGGCAGGCAACUUUUGAAACAUUAUCCAGAACAGUCCUCUGUCUGUCGGAGCUCAGAGAGGUGGUGACGAGGCUUCACACAAAGGAACUCUUCCCAUAUAACCCUUCUUCACUUUUAAAACUCCUAGCACAAGUAGACAACUGUUACCAGCACUCACAUGUGUCACACAAUAAAGGGAGAAUAUAAAUAGUGGGUGUUUCAGUUUUAUGUGGUGGCAUGAAAGAUGCAUGUUUGGACAAGAUACAUAUUUUGUUUUUAUUUGAAGAGAAAGGAAGUAAAUCGAACAAGAGACAUUACAAAACAAGCAUUUCUUCAAAUGGUAAUGACUGCCACACAACUCCAAAGCACAACACUGUACUCCACUCCCAUGUUUAACAGCUUUUUUUCAUCAAACUGAUGAUUGUGGCCGAAGAUCUCAUUUUGACCUAAUCUGCCCAUGGCACUUAUGGUCCUGCAUCACUCCAGCAUCAGCUCCAGUCAUCCUUCCUGCAGCUCCUCUGCAGCUACAUGGGAUUUUUGCUUUAUCUUUCUGCCAAGCAGACAUUCUGUGUUGUACGUGUUUCUUGGGUUUUCCAGAUCUUGUCUUUGCUUCCACAGUUUUCUUAAUGCUUUUCUGACAGACAUUUUGAACAGUGGAAACCUUGAAUUGGUUUGAUUAUCUUUUUAUGUCCCAUCCUUGUUUUCUAGCCAUAUUUGCUUGACUUUGUCUGUUGCAGGGGUUGUAUUUACUUUGCUGUAUUUACUUACAGUAUUAAAUGUUUUUUGAGUUUGAAUUCA